GUGCAAGCGGUGAUACCUCAAUCGCUUCAACCUUUCUCGCUCUUCUUUUCUGUCUGUCGCUCCCAUUCCCAAAUGGGUCACAACAAGCCAAAGCGAUUUAGGAACUAUCACUCUCACCGAGGCCAGUCCAGCAGCAAUCGCAACCAAUUUCCAAGGGAUGAUGAGUCUCUUCCGGUUGACAAUGUGACUGAGGAGGAGGCAAUGGUUCCGAAAAUUCAGCUUGCAAUGUGGGACUUUGGACAAUGUGAUGCAAAAAGGUGCACAGGACGUAAACUUUCAAGAUUUGGCUUGUUGAAAGAAUUGCGUGUUACCAAUGGUUUUGGGGGCAUUGUACUGAGUCCUGUUGGGAAGCAAUGUGUCUCAAAAGAAGAUUAUGCUUUAGUGAAGAGGAAAGGAUUAGCUGUUGUGGAUUGCUCAUGGGCUCGCUUGGGUGAUGUCCCUUUUGUGAAACUGCGUUGCACUGCUCCUCGUCUUUUGCCAUGGCUUGUAGCAGCAAAUCCAGUAAAUUAUGGUCGACCAUGUCAGCUAUCUUGUGUGGAGGCUUUAUCCGCUGCUUUACUGAUAUGUGGGGAAGAGGAAACUGCAAAUUUGUUGCUUGGCAAGUUUAAGUGGGGUCAUGCUUUCCUUUCCUUGAACAGGGAGCUUUUAAAAGCUUAUUCUGAAUGCAAAAGUAGUGCUGAUAUCAUUUCAGUUCAAAAUUCUUGGCUUUCAGAGCAAAGGCCAUCGGUCCCAAGAGAUCUCCCAGAAAUAGAAGGAGCUAAGGUGGAAUCUCACAAUGAAGAUGACGACCCUUGUUCUGAUUCUGAAGAUGAUCUUCCGCCACUUGAAAAGAAUUUGAAUCAUCUGAAUUUGGGGGACAGUGAUGGUGAAAGCGACUAAAUAGGGUCCAUUGUAUUUUAACUUUGAUGGUUGAUACCUAAAGUUGUGGUCGUGGCUAUCGGGAAGCAUUAUGUUGGAAUGCACAUUCCCUCAAAAUAUUUCUUCAGUAGAAAAAUAUAGUUAUUUGUCUGUGGUUUUUUCUUUGGCUCUAGGUAGGUAUUUUUUAUCAUUGUAACAUUUAUAAUAGAAAUUGUUUGUAUGUUACUCUGUUGAAAUGGAGAUUUGUUGGAGGGUCUUAGCAACUCUAACUCUGAUAUGCUUUGUAAUUAGCGAAUUGAAAUCUUGAAAUCCAUUCAGGUUGAUGAA